AAAAUUCCGAGCGAACAUAUGCUACUAAACUACGCAAUCCCCUUGCGGGAAGGCGCUGUUUAGCAGGCUUCAUCCAGUCUACCAUCUAUCCCCUGGUUGCCUUCCCAAAUACUACUCUCUCAUUUCUCUUCUUCUUCGCUCAUCACUCAACUUUCACUCAAAAAAUCUUCAACUCUCUCUCUCUCUCUCUCUAAACAAUGUCUUAUGUGCCCCCCCAUCUCAGGAACUGUACUACCACCAAAACCACCACCUCCACAACCCUAGAACCUUCCACUACUCAGUACCAGAGUUUCAACUCUCACUCCUCUCAGCUUCAUCAAUUCAAAACCGCCGCCGCCGCCAACGGAAGUAGCAGAAACAACAACAGCAGCAACAGCAACAACUCAGCUUCCGUCUUCUCCAAUGCGGCUCGCCGGAGCUCCGUCAAUCUCGUGCCCGACCCCGUCUUGUCGCAGUGGAAGCCCUCCGAACGCGUCCUCGCUCUCACUCCUGAACAGACUCAAGAGGUCCGGCUACGGCUUAAUGUCGAUGUUGCUGUACCUUCAGAAUCCUCUCCUGCACCACCACCAAUUGAAUCCUUUACAGACAUGUGCUUGGACUCAAGCAUCAUGAAGGAUAUUGCCUUUCAUGAGUACAGUACACCCACUUCUAUUCAGGCCCAAGCCAUGCCAGUUGCUCUUGCUGGUAGGGAUCUUCUGGGUUGCGCAGAAACUGGUAGUGGUAAAACUGCUGCAUUCGCCAUUCCUAUGAUACAGCAUUGCUUGGCUCAGCCACCUGUUCGCCGUGGUGAUGGGCCUUUGGCAUUGGUAUUGGCUCCAACGAGAGAGCUUGCCCAACAGAUAGAGAAAGAGGUUAAAGCUUUUAGCAGAUCUCUGGAGUCCUUCAAAACUGCAAUAGUUGUGGGUGGAACAAACAUUGCUGAGCAGAGGUCUGAGCUACGAGCAGGAGUGAAUAUAGUGGUUGCUACCCCUGGAAGAUUUAUUGACCACUUACAGCAAGGGAACACUUCUCUAUCUAGAAUUUCAUAUGUUGUUUUAGAUGAGGCUGAUAGAAUGCUGGAUAUGGGUUUUGAACCACAAAUUAAAGAGGUUAUGCGUAAUCUUCCAGAAAAGCAUCAAACUUUGUUGUUUAGUGCAACCAUGCCAGUGGAGAUUGAAUCACUUGCACAGGAGUACCUGACUGAUCCAGUGCGAGUAAAGGUGGGAAAGGUGAGCAGCCCAACAGCAAAUGUAGCCCAAUUUUUGGAGAAGGUUUCUGAGAAUGAGAAGAUGGACCGGCUCCUAACGCUUCUUGUUCAGGAGUCCACUCAAGCUGAAAGAUCGGGCCACCCAUUUCCUUUGACCAUUGUUUUUGUCGAGAGGAAGACGAGGUGUGAUGAAGUUGCAGACGCAUUGGUAGCACAAGGUUUGCAUGCAGUUGCUCUUCACGGGGGCCGCAGUCAAAGCGAAAGAGAGGCUGCCCUUCGUGAUUUUAGGAAUGGCUCUACAAACAUUUUGGUUGCCACAGAUGUUGCAUCUCGUGGUUUGGAUGUGACUGGAGUUGCUCAUGUUUUGAAUCUUGAUCUUCCCAAGGCCAUGGAGGACUAUGUACACCGUAUUGGAAGGACAGGGCGUGCAGGAUCAACAGGACGAGCUACUUCAUUUUGCACUGAUCGUGAUAUGUUCCUUGUGGCACAAAUAAAGAAAGCAAUUGCAGAUGUUGAAUCUGGUAACACUGUGGCCUUCGCAACCGGCAAGGUUGCUAGAAGGAAGGAGAGAGAAGCAGCUGCUGCACAGAAAGAGGCAAUUGCAGUGUCUAGACUCUCUUCGAUGGGACCCACGUCAAUCAAGGUAGAGGACAAGUAUAGAUACAUGAUAACUCCGUCACUGGUCAAGGCUGAAGGAUCGGCCGAUGGUGCUUGGGAUGACUGAUGAAGUUCUGUGUUGAGCAUUAACUGGCUUCCUCAUGGUCAAGGACCCAAAGAAUGACAUUGGUGUAUCGCUUGUGGGUUCGGGCUUGAAGUGCAAAACGAGCUGAAGGUGGCUUGCUUGUGAGUUUACAUUUCACUCUCUCAUUGUAUAAAACGAGCUGAAGGUGGCUUGCUUGUGAGUUUACAUUAAAGGAGGAUACAUUAAAGGAGGACUAGGCACAACGUUUUUUUUUUUUUUUUUAAGUCUUGUAGGCUUUGGAUACAAUAUUGUAGCUGCCAGAUGCUGAAAAAAGAAGCUAGUUUUGCGGAGAACCUUUUUUUGUGCAAAAAUCCUGAUGUAUGCCAAGGGUUUUUAUCUAGUAAAGUGAAAGCUCACCUUGCGUUUUAAUUUUGGAUAUAUAGGGCUUUGUUCGGACAAAAACAAAGAGAAUAGGUUUUUGUGAGGAUACUUUUUUCCAGAUCCGGGUAUCCUGUAGGGCAGCCUGCCCUACAGAAUAGGUCCAUUUCGGCAAUGGACAAUUCAAAUCAAUAGGAGCUCAGAUUAAAUCUAAGCCUUCUGUGCCGAAAUGAAUGGUCGAAUCGGCUGUAGUGCAAUUGUGCACUACAAGAAACCCCAAUCCCGUUUUUCGACCCUUUACCUUUUACUUUUCUUUCCUAUUUGUAUUAGCCUAAAUCCAAAAUCCAAGCACAAUCUAAGUGAAUAGAGCAUGAUUCGAAAUUUCAUCACGAGAUAUAAAAAUAGUCCCCCUCUGUUCAAUAUUGGAUGCCAAUUUUUGAAAUUGUGUCAAUUUCAAUUCCUUAUAUCUUUCAGCAUAAGUUUCAAAAAAUAUGUAAAAUAUGAAUCUUGUUUGAUAGUUUUUCAUUCUAUUAUACAAAAUUUUCAAACUCAUGAAAAUUAUUAUAAAAUGAAAGAUAAGUAAUAAAAAAAUAGCACAAAUUUCAAAAGCUAUCAUCUUUUGGGACAGAGGGAGUAAUAGAGAAGGGAAAUUGCAGGUGGAACCCUAAAAGGAUUAUAUAUGGAAGUUGCAUUCGUCCAGUAAGCAUUGUCGUGAGUAACAAGAAUUUUUCCCCGCUCAAAUUUUGAUGAGGUGCUACAUAAAACUGACCAGUGGAACCAUUCCCAUUCCCAUGGGGCACAAUUAUCCCUCAUUUUGGUGAACAGGAUUUCUUUGGCAGAUUUAUCCCAUGUUUUCAAUAACAAGAAUAAACAUAGCCCACAGUACAAAAAAAAAGAGAGAAGAAACAUAGCCCGAAAAAUUUGGGCAAAAAGAACCUACCAUCACAUGCACAAUUACGACCAUAGCAUUAGCAGAGUGUAACAAAAGGGAAUAUCAUCACAUAGCAAAAACACCAAAAUUAAGUAACAACUUCGAUGAACACUGCUGAACACAAUGGUUGUUGACAUCUCAAACAGUCUGAAAAACCUUCGGAUGACAAAAGAAAUAUAACCUGCCAGAUCAUGUUCCAGUCUUCCGGCGGCCCACACGCGCCACAAAACCGGCCUUGAUUGGAGCAACUGAUCGCCCAGACCC